AUGGUGCUUCUCGUCUUAUUAUUUUCUUAUGUUUUCCAUUUUCUGUCACCGACGAUCAGCCAUGCCCUUCGUCUCUCCCGACAACUUGGCGAUACUUCCUUACAGGCUCAAGCCUACUACAGCCUGGGCAACACGAGUAGUUUGGUUCGUGACUACCCUGCGGCUGUGGCAUAUCAUUUACGCCACUUGGCAAUGGCUCGCCGACUUGGCGACCGUCUGGGAGAGGCCAGAGCCCACUGGAGCUUGGCCAAUGCAUAUGCGGGGUUAGGAGACCUUGACAGAAGCCUGCGCUGUGCCCGCCGAUAUCGGCAGAUUACAAUUAAAGAGUUAUAA